AUGAGCGAUCCGUUUUCGGGAGUUUAUGAUGCCUGUCAUUCGGGAGGAGAUACACCACAGACGCCGUUAAGACCUGUUCCAAGACUUGUUCUCCCGGAUGGUGGUACCGGAGAAGGCUCAUCACCCGCCUGUUCGGACAGAUCGGAUAUGUCCUCGAGAAGUGAUACGAAAUUGCCGAAAUUGAAUCCAAAUUGGACCAAUACGCCUACAAUUGUUGCACUUGUGGGCCUUCCGGCUCGCGGAAAAACGUACAUCGGAAAUCGUUUGUCGAGGUACUUGAACUGGGUCGGAACAAAUUGCCGCGUGUUCAAUGUCGGAAGUUACCGACGCAAGGAUUCAACAGUUAUGCACACCUCCAACUUCUUCGACAACAAUAACAAAGCAGCGAUGGAGUUGCGACUGAAGUGGCGAAAAGCAGCACUUAAAGAUAUCCAACGGUGGUUCCAUGAAGACGAUGGCCAAGUGGCUAUUUACGACGCUACAAAUGUGGAAAGAUCAGCGAGACAGUUUCUUUGGGAGUUUGCGGAGAAACAUGGAUUCAAAUUAUUCUUCAUCGAGAGCGAAUGUAAUGACCCGGAAGUCGUCAAUAAUACGGUACGAGAGGUGAAACUUCACGGCCCUGACUAUAUCAGUGUGGAUAAAGACAAAGCCGAGAAAGAUUUCAACGAACGAAUCAGGAAAUACACGGAGGUCUAUCAGCCGAUGAAUAGAGACGAUGAUGGACAUUGCUCUUUCAUCAAGCUUAUUGAUGUUGGAAAAAGUUAUAUCGUCCAUAAUGUUUCUGGUCAUAUUCAAAGCAGAAUGGUUUAUUUCUUAAUGAAUUUACGAGUUCGUCAGAGAUCGAUUUACUUGUGUCGUCAUGGAGAGUCGGAGAUGAAUGUUUCUGGUAGAAUCGGUGGCGAUUCAAACUUAUCCUCAAGAGGUCGUCAAUUCGCACAAAAUCUUGGGGACUACAUAGAAGGCAUUCGAAAAGAAAUUCCUGGGCGAUUCCAUGUGUGGACAUCGGGACUUAAACGAACGCAAGAAACUGCGACGAUUGCUGAUCUUCACUUUGAACCCUGGAAAGCACUGAAUGAGAUAGAUGCAGGAGUGUGCGAGGGACUGACAUAUACGGAGAUCAAAGAAAAAUAUCCAAACGAAUACAAUAUGCGACAGAACAACAAAUACUACUACCGCUAUCCGAUGGGAGAAUCAUACUAUGAUCUUGUCGUUCGUCUUGAACCUGUGAUAAUGGAGCUUGAGCGUUCCGACAGCACUUUCGUCGUGUGUCACCAAGCAGUUGUUCGCUGUCUCAUGGCGUAUUUUCAGAAUCUUCCAGUCGAUACGCUUCCUUUCCUGAAAGUACCACUGCAUACUGUGAUUAAAAUGACUCAACACGCGCAUUCAUGCGACGUCGAACUUAUCCCUCUUGGUCCAGAAGGUGUUGAUACCCAUCAGCCAAUGACUCCUUGCAGCCACAUAUCUUCAAUCGACAACAACGAAAAAUGA